ACCUUAAGCUGAUCGCUAAACCCUCAUCCCGCCUCUCUUGCUAUUCGUGCCUCAGAGAAAAACAGAAGGUAGGCGUCAAUGUCUUCCUUUAGGGUUUUCCGUAGUUGCGAUGUUCUCAUGGCGGCGGCCAGGACUGGGGCUGGGGCCACACAAGUCAAGCCUAAGACCACGGGCAUCCUCAAGCCUUUACCGGUCUCCCCGGCCAUGCGCAAGUUUGUCGGCGUUCCUGAGAUCUCUCGCGCCGAGGCCGUCAAGAAGAUCUGGGAACACAUCAAGCUCAACCAGCUCCAGGACCCAACAAACAAGAGAGAGAUCCAUUGUGAUGAGAAACUGAAAAGCAUAUUUGAUGGGAAGGACAAAGUUGGGAUGAUGGAGAUUGCAAAGUUGCUCUCUCCCCAUUUCUUGAAAUCAAGCUGAUCGUGCUAGACGACAAAAGAGUUGGGCUUUACCUCUUUCUGUGAUCUAUGUUCCUGAUGGACCUUUGUUUGAAUUAGAAACAUGCCCCAAAAUUAAUGUUGAAUACACAACUGAUUGGUGUAGGCAUGAGCAAUUAUGAUACUCAUUGUGUCCUUGCCAUGAGCAAUUCUUGACUUUGGUAAUGUGUGUUAUAGUCAAGUAAAUGACCAUCUGACUUGGGCUUAAUCUGGUUGUAUAAUCAUCAUGCAGGGCAUGCUUGGAUAUAUUGUAUGUCUUGUGGUUUUACAAUCAUUAUUCAGACUUCAGAGCAC